UGACUCCCUUGAUAGAACUCUCUUCUUUCUCUUUCUAUCUCUCACGUCUUCUCUCCUUUUCUCUUUGGCUAAUGAAGGAAAAAAGUGAUAGAUAGAGAAUAGUGGGGACUUUGCAUCUUCCUUUUUCUCUCAUAAUUUCUCUGAUAGAAACCUUUAAACUUCUCUGUUAUCAGUCCAAAAAACCCUAACUUCAUCUCUCUACCUGUAACCCAUCUCACUAUUACGACAUCUGGACCGAACAAUUCUCUGACUUGGGAGAAAGAGAGAUAGAUCGUGAUGGCUGAUUUCGCUAAUUUGGAGUUGUGCAAAUAGAUCUAGAUUUGAUCAAGCUUGAGAUUUGCUUUGAAAAUGGCGAAAGGCACUAGGGGAAGGCGUAGGAUUAGUUCACGACAGUAUCGCUCAAGUCCAUAUCCUCUGUCUUCAUCAUCUUUUGAUCAGGACGACCUUCCGAAGAAAUGCAGUAGAUUGGUGGAGAAGAAAGACUGGGAAGACGCAACUUGCUCAGUGUGUAUGGAAUGCCCUCACAAUGCAGUUCUCCUGUUAUGUUCAUCUCACGACAAAGGCUGUCGUCCAUACAUGUGCGGAACUAGCUUCAGGUACUCCAACUGUCUGGAUCAGUACAAGAAAGCCUACACCAAAGUGACUUCAUCAUCAUCAUCAUCGAUCCUCCAAAGCGAGGUCCACAGUACUAAUCCGACAGACCCCCGUUCUUUGAACGAAACUGAGGUGGUCGUUGUUGACAAGUGCGAAGUGGGAGACUUAGCUUGCCCGCUUUGCAGAGGGCAAGUGAAAGGAUGGACGAUAGUGGAGCCUGCAAGGGAGUUUCUGAACGAGAAGAAGAGGAGUUGUAUGCAGGAUAACUGCUCGUAUGUUGGGAAGUACAAAGAGCUGAGAAAGCACAUGAAGGGGGAACACCCCUCGGCCAGGCCGAGGGAAGUGGACCCCGGUUUGGAACAGAAGUGGAGGCGGUUGGAGCGCGAUAGAGAGAGGGAAGACGUGAUGAGUACGAUUAGGUCUACCAUGCCCGGGGCAAUGGUGUUUGGGGAUUACGUGAUCGAAGGAGGUCGGUUCGGAAUGGAGGGUGGCGGUGAUGAUGAUGGGGGUCGUGAUGGUGACGAUGUUGUUGCGAGGAAUGAAGGGUUGAAUAAUAAUAAUAGUGACAGUAAUUUAUUUAACGUGUUCCUUUUGUUGCAUGCGUUUGGGCCGGGUGGUAUGCAGAAUAGAUUAGCGAGGAGGCACGAGCAGCAGCAUCAGCAGCUACGGGGUCAGGCAGGUUUUGGACCGUCGGAUGAAGUUAUCGACAGCGAUGAAGAUGAUGAUGAUGGGGAGGUGGAGGACGAUGAGGACGGAGGAGGAGGGAUGUCGUUGGUUAGCCGGCUUCGUCGGCAUGGGAGAGUGUUGUUGGGGCGAUCGGGGAGGAGGAGGCGAAGAAGAGAGGCUGGGGAAAGAUAACAUGAUUGUUAUUAUUUAUGAUCACUUGUUCUUGUUAUGUAAUUUGCUUAUCAUGGAUGGUAUGGAGUGGUGGUUCUACCAUUGACUCACUCACUCACUCAAUAGCUAAGCUAGAUAGCUAAGCUAAACCUAAAGCUGGACUUCACUUUCUUUCUUUCUUUCUUUCAGUAUUUUGAUUUUAUGA